CACUCAGCACCAAUUCCAUUAUUUUCAUCCUCAUUAAUUUAAUUUCCAAUCAUGCCCCGACAACGCCGAACCGCCGUCAUCGGCGCAGGCAUCGCGGGCCUAGCAAUGGCUCGCGAGCUGCACCGCGAGGGAAUCGAGGUAGUCGUCUUUGAAAAAGGCGACGACCUCGGAGGAACAUGGAAUUACGACCCGAGAAUAGACUCCGACCCGACUGGACUCGAACCGACCCGGGAAGUGGUCCACAGCAGCGUGUACCUGUCGCUGCGGACCAAUCUGCCGAGACAGAUAAUGGGGUUCGUGGAUUAUCCAUUUCGGGAGGACGAAGACGGUGACCGGAGAACGUUCCCGGGUCACAAGGAGGUGCUGCGGUUCGUAAAGGAGUUCGCAGAGGAGUUUGGGUUGCGCGGUUUGGUUCGGUUUGGGAGCGAGGUGGUUCGGGUGGAGCGGGUUGGAACCGGGUUGUGGUUGGUGGAGUGGAAAACGAAGAGGAGUGAGGAGGUUUUGGUGAGUAAGGAGAUGUUUGAAGCGGUUGUUGUGUGUAACGGUCACUUCACUCAACCAAGAGUACCAACCAUUCCCGGGAUUGAAAAAUGGCCUGGAUAUCAGAUACAUAGUCACAACUACAGAGUACCCGAAACAUUUCGAGAUAAGGUAGUAGUUAUAAUUGGAUUUGCAGCUAGUGCUUUUGACAUCUCAAGAGAUGUUGCAAAAGUAGCUAAAGAGGUUCAUGUAGCAUCUAGAAGUUCAGAAGUUAUGGUUAUGAAAGUGCCAAAUCAUGAUAACAUAUGGCAGCAUAAAAUGGUAAAAUAUGUAACCGAAGAGAGUUUGGUAGCAUUUGAGGAUGGAUCCUCUAUUCAUGCAGAUGUUAUGUUCUACUGCACCGGAUACACGUAUCACUUUCCAUUUCUUGAAACAAAUGGAAUAGUUACCAUUGAAGAUAAUCGUGUUGGACCAUUAUACAAGCAUGUAUUCCCUCCUUCAUUGGCUCCCUCCCUCUCUUUUAUCGGUCUAACUGAGAAGGAUAUCAUCUUCCAAAUGACGGAUUUACAAUGCAAGUGGGUAGCUCGUGUUUUAUCUGGGAAAGUUCAGUUACCAUCUGAAAAGGAAAUGAUGGCUUCUGUUGAAGAAUACUAUCAACAGAUGGAGAAAAAUGGGUAUCCCAAGCACACCACUCAUCACUUGCAUUUCAAAGAGGUUGAGUACUGCAAUUGGCUAGCUGCAGAAGCAGGAUUGCCUCCUGUGGAGGAUUGGAAGGAGAGAAUGUAUGUAGAGAGCAUUAAAAGUGUAUUCAGCAUGAAAGACAAUUACAGAGACCAAUGGGAUGAUGCUUAUUGGGAUGCAAUCAUAAAAGAGGCUUCUCUUUCAAAAUGCAGAAUCUAGCAGUUCUA